AUGGCGCUGUUCAUCGGCGAUGCAUUUUCUCGUGACGAGGGCUGCAACAUCGAACUCCUCAACAUCAACCAAGCAGUUGCCGACUCUGCCUGUAUUCCGAUAGACUCUACGCAGGUCAUGACGGAUCGUUCGGCUUGUGGCUCUCCCCUGACCUACAAAGUCCACGUCAACGGUAACUGUGGCGUCGGUCUGGAUGACGACCAACAAUUGGAUCCCAGCAACUCGCUAAGAAAAGCUGGCUUCUGCUAA